AUUGCCCCCCCUUUGAAGAUGAUGGAGGCCAGAGUCAAGGCCGAACUGGAGAUGCAGUUCUUGGUCGCCCGCCUGUUUGAACGUUUGCGAACUGAGGCCCCUUCCUAUGAUUGGGAUGACACUAUUGCACCUUUCCACUCGGUAUUUGUCUGUCUGUCCAUGAGACGUCGAGCNUCCUACGACAACUGGCAUGUCCACGGAUAUCGUCGUGCUUCACAACCCAUCGACCGCAAAUCGAGCAAACCCUCAAGUAGAACAAACAGCAAUGACCGCCGCAAGGAUCGCGAUUCGGAUAAAAACAGAGACAAGGAGAGCGAACGAAGCGUAUCUGAUGCGCAACAGGGCUUCGAUGUCGUCGCUCGUAUAUCUCGUCACACAACCCGCCUCGAGCGCGAGUUCGGCCUUGCAAAGAGACUGAAAGAACAAGAUGAUCCAGACUGUCGCCAUUUCAUAGACCCCAUCGAGUUCCGCCGACUGCCCGCCCGCCAACCUGGAGAAGUCCCUCUUGUGGCUUUCAUUGCCCGAGCCCCCGAUAGUGGCGGCAACUAUAUGAAAGAGCUUGUUGAAUUUGGCCCAAACCUACGCCGCGCACAACUGCCUACCUCGCCUGUCAGCCCGCACGGAGAACCUGACACUGACCAUGCGCUUGUCUCAGAGCUUUUGCCUAUCGGCCUCUUCCUUGAUUUUGCUAUUGGCGCGACCGAAUGUUGUGAAAUCCUUCAUCACAGCAAAGAAUUAGUGCAUGGAGAGCUUCGUGGUGAUGCCUUUCAUUUUAGCAAGGUGCAACGAACUGUGCGCUUGAUCAACUUUGGUUCUGGAGCCCGUUCGUUUGAAAAUGGCCUCACAUCGGCUGGUUGGAGCUCGCUAACCUCUGAAGCUGGUGUCGAGAAUCGUCUUCAGUUUAUUGCUCCGGAACAGACUGGUCGCAUGCCCGCCGAACCGGAUACAAGGACUGAUACAUAUUCGCUCGGCGUCCUCUUCUGGACCAUGCUCACCGGCGUACCUGCCUAUCGUGGAGACAAUCCUCUUGAAAUCAUGCAAAGUCUACUAUCGCGCCGCAUUCCUGCAGUCGAUAGUGUACGCACCGAUGUGCCUCAAAUCAUUUCGAACGUCAUACAAAGGAUGACACAGAAGAAGAUGAACGAUCGUUAUCAGUCCUCAUCCGGCCUGAAAUAUGAUCUGCUGGAGAUCAAGAGGCUACUUUCUGAAGGCGAUGUUGACGCACUGCAGUCUUUCAAGCUUGGUUCCAAGGAUGUCUCUUGCUUUUUCAAUCUGCCUAACUCGCAGAUCGGACGCGAGGAACAACGAAAUCUAAUCCUCGAGGUCAUAGAGAAAUCUGCUUGGCGUUCUACUCAGACCAUAUCAAGUUCCAANAAAGGCUUGCAUAGCUUGAGUUCGCAUUCGUCGGCUUCAAUGUCGACGCCCACUCAGAUCGAUCGUCAUGAGAGUGGUCUCCUGGACGAGAUAAUGUCUCAGAGCACUGGUUCUAACGUUGAUCAAGAGNNCCCAAAAUCUCCCCUUCCAGCAGAUAGAUCGGAUCUUUUGAAGCAACAGCAUGAACACAGCUCGCAAGAGAGCAAUGUGGCCUCUAAUGGUGUCGAGCUUGAGCACAAGCCGUCAUUGGACAGCAGACCCUCGGUGUACAACCUUGAAGGCAGUCAAAGAUCUUCCGUAUCGAACACAUAUACUGGUCAGUCCGACGGAUCUGUCCUCCGCACUGCGCAACGCCUCAAGCAUAUUGGCCACACUGAGGUUCUGUGCCUCAGCGGUGCUGCAGGUCUUGGAAAGAGUUCUCUAUUGCAUGACGUGCAGAACAUGUCGAGAAAAUAUGGCUACUACGCGUCGGCCAAAUUCGACCAAGUGAAACGGGCACCUUUUGAACCAGUAGUGCGCGUUGUGUCAUCUCUGUUCCGCCAAAUCUUUUCUGAAGGCGAUGUCUCAACACCAUUCCACGACAACAUUCGUACAUAUAUCAAGCCGUACUGGGGCUUUCUUUCCGGAUUCCUUGAUCUUCCGCCUUGGUUGCUAUCUCAGUUUCCUACUCAUCAAUCCUCUCUAAGCUCAGACUCUGCCUCGUUACGGUUGCCUCGCGAAAAGUGUGGCGGUAAUGGAGAUACAGCAUCGGAUUGGCUGCGCGCUGGUGGCAGUAAUUCGAGCAAGUCGAAUCGUUUCGUUCGCACUUUCCUUGAUGUUCUGCGAUUGCUAGCACUGCAGAAAUUCAUUUGCAUAACACUUGAUGAUUUGCAGUUCGCAGACGAAGAGAGCAUUGAACUUCUAACCAAUAUUGUCCAGGUCAAGAUACCUCUAGUACUUGUACUUACAUACCGCGAUGAGGCGGCUCUUCCUGCCAAACUUCGCNNCCCCCUCCUCGAUAAGGCAACGAAGAUUGAUCUCAAACCUUUCACCGAAGAAGAGACGGCAAAAUACGUAUCCAUAACCCUGCAUCGCUCUCCCGAAUAUGUUCUGCCUCUGGCCGCCGUCAUCCAGCAAGCGACUCUGGGCAACCCAUUUUUCGUCCGAGAGAUGCUUGAUUCCUGCUAUCGAAAACACUGCAUAUAUUAUUCAUGGCGUUCUUCUCAAUGGGAGUUUGACCUCGAUAAAACCUUUGACGAGUUCGCUUCGCCAGACGCUAACCAGUUCUCGACAAACAACUAUCUUGUAAAACGACUGAAAGAUCUCUCAGACGAUUGCAAAUCGUUGCUUUGCUGGGCCAGUUUCAUUGGUAAUACCUUUUCUUUCACUCUCGUCAAGCGAGUCAUGAGUUGCGAUUGUUCCAAGCAGUCGAAGGAUGAAUAUUUGCCGCCAAAGAAGAACCCGGUGACUGGCUUGCAAGAUGCUAUCGGCUCUUAUAUCAUUGUCGCGACCGAGGAUGAGGAUAAGUUCAGGUUUUCUCACGAUCGGUACAUGCAGGCCGCAGAACUUCUUGCCAAUGACUGUCGCAAGGAGGAAAUGCACUAUAUCAUCUCGGCAUCCUUGAUGUAUCAUGACCCUUAUGACAGUGCCACAAAACCUACCCAGCUUCUUUUCGACCAAGCCAGACAUAUCUGUAAUGCAGUAGAUGCUAUCCAAGCUCGACCCAGUAUCGGCAAAGGCCCGUUCAGAGAUCUGCUUUACCAAGCAGCAGAGACCGCUCGAGAGCAGGGAGCAAGAUCAAUAUCGCUUUACUUCUUCCAGCACUGUUUGAUGUUGCUUCCUGACGAUCCUUGGAAAGAAGACUCUCCUGAAGGCUCCUAUCAAGAGACAUUGACACUAAUGACUAAGGCAGCUGCGUCCUACUGGUAUCUGGGAUUCUUCGAAGAGGCCGAAAUCAUACUCAAGGAGAUCAUGUCAAAUGCCAAGGCUGCAGCAGAUAAAACACCUGCAUUCAUAAUUCAGAGUCGAAUGCAUGCACAGAAGGGCGAUUCGCAUAUUGCCUUUCUCAAUAUGAAGCGAGCAUUGGCGGAUCUUGGCAUUGAUAUUCUCGAUACGACUUACGAAGAGUGUGACAGGGAGUUCCACGAGAUUAUCAAGCUCGUUGAUAUCUCUGAUCGACAGCUGUUCGAAGGAAGAGAAGCGCCGAUCGAUCGAGAUCUCUUCACAGCAGCAGCUGUCAUGAUUGAACUUCUCAGUGCUGGAUUCUGGACUGACUCUUUGUUGUUCUACUACCUGACACUGAAGAUGAUGCGAUUGUUCCUCGAGAGGGGACUAUUCCCACAGAUCGCCGUAGGCUUCGUCCAUCUAGCUUCUAUCGCAAUUGGCCGGUUUGAGAUGAUCGAGAAGGGUGUCGAGCUUGGAAACACAGCCCUGAAGCUUUUCGACCUCUUUGACACCGACACCUAUACAAUCGGCCGUGGCGUUACACUGCAUAGUCUCUUCCUUGGACACUUCGUUUCAGACAUCUCAGAUCAAAUACCCGUCUUGGAACGUGGCAUGGAGGCGACCAUCCUCGCUGGCGAUAAGUUGGUCCACCUCUUGAACGUUGGCGUCAUGUGUGCAUACAAGCUAUGGACUUCUCAUAACUUCGAAGAAGUCAGUGCCUACAUCCAGUAUCAAUAUGACAACUUCCCAGAUUGGCCUGCGGAUCUGCGUGGGGGCGUCUUCCUUGUAUCAGUACGUCAGUUCAUUCAAGCGCUACAAGGCAGGACCAAUUGGCGUCAGGCCGCGCACAUUUUCGAUGACGACUCUCAUCAGACGCAACAAUACAUCGACUUCAUCCAGUCACAUCCCACUUCUGCCGUUCGACCUCUCUUCUUCUACAACAGCUACCGAAUCGCCAUCUUCUAUAGAUUUGGAUAUUGGCGCGAGGCGCUCGAACUCGGCAAGUCUGUGCUAGAGUCUAUCUCAAACGUUUGGUGCCUACGACAUGCCUACUAUUGCUACUUCUACAUCUCAAUGUCGCUGAUUGCGAAGCUACGUGAGGAACCUAACUGUGCGGAUCGAGAGAGCGUGCUCAAGACCAUCUACAAAUUCAAAGCUAAGAUCGACACGGCGAGUCGCAUCAAUGAUACAAACUUUGCUGUUUGGUUGCAUCUCCUUCGCGCGGAGAUUGCUGACAUCGAGAUGCGAUCCGACGAAGCUACACUAUCGUAUGAGACUGCUAUCGACCACACUGUAGUCCAUGGCCUUCGUUCUGAUGAGGCUUUGUGCUACGAGCUCUAUGGCGAUUUCAUGGUUCGAAAAGGAGCAACUCGUCCUGCACGUGCGAUGAUCCGAGAUUCCAUCUCUGCAUAUCGUCGCAUCUCCGCUACGGCAAAGGCAGAUCAUGUCAGCGAAAAACAUGAAUUUUUACUGCUUGGCUCUAGAACCAUUGGAAAUGCAGAUGCAGGUACUCAAACGGUCGAGAAUGACAACAUUUCGUUCUCUAUGGUACAGAACGAAGCUCCUCAAGCAUCUGAUGACAGAACGCACGAGUGGCUCACUCCGAGCGCGACCACCGUUCCUCAUCAACACGAAACGCAGCAUGACCUGCAAGGUGGAUUCUCUGCUGUCGGACUUGAUAUGAUCGAUCUCGCCAGCAUUCUUGAAUCCUCGCAAGUGCUGUCUUCGGAGCUUAGAGUCGACAAGCUGCUUGCGAAGCUGACCAACAUCAUUGUUGAUAGCACUGGAGCCGCUUUGUGCGGUCUUGUUGUCAAUGAUGACGAGAUUGGUUGGAAUGUCGCAGCUGUGGGAGGACCGGACAUUUCUUAUCAGGGCAAUGUCGGUCAGCCCAUCGGCGAUAUUGACGAUCCAUUGUCAAAGCAAAUCACGUUCUACGUUCUGCGGUUCAAAGAGGAGCUUUUCCUGCGCAACGUGCUUGACGACGAGCGAUUUGCAAACAUGCCUGCGUCUUGGAGGCAGAAGUAUCCCGAAGGCAAAGCCGUGAUUGCCUUGCCCAUUCUACAUGGUGACAAUACUCUGCUCGGAUCAAUCUACAUCGAAGGACCUCCAAACUCGCUAUCCCAGCGUAACAUCACCGUUCUUCGCCUGCUUGUCAACCAAAUCUCAAUCUCGAUCGCCAACGCAUUACUCUUCAAGAAGGUCGAAAAAGUCUCUGCGAGCAACUCUUCCAUGCUUGAAGUUCAGAAGCAAGCUCUUGAACAGGCGCGCGAAGCUGAGCGCAAGGCCAAGGUUGCAGAAGCCAAAGCUAUGGAGAUGGUCAAGCUCAAGGAAGAGGCAGCAAAGGCGAAGAGUAUGUUCUUGGCGAAUGUAUCUCACGAGCUGCGCACUCCAUUAAACGGAGUCAUCGGCAUGUCCGAGCUACUCAAGGGAAGCAACCUCAAUACUGAGCAAGAGGGCUAUGCUGACAGCAUUCGUGUUUGCGCGGACACUUUGCUUUCAGUCAUCAACGAUAUCUUGGACUUCAGCAAACUCGAGGCUGAUAAGAUGGCAGUAUACUCCGUACAGCUGUCGUUGACGCAGACCAUCUCCGAAGUCGUCAGAGCUCUUUCUUACACAAACCUUGAGAGGGGCUUGCAGACUGUCGAGAAGCUUGAGAUGCCUUCGAAUUUGCUUGUCAUGAGUGACCCUGUCCGUUUGCAUCAGAUCCUUAUGAACUUGCUCAGCAACGCGUACAAGUUCACAGCNAAAGGAACAGUCACCAUUAGAGCAUUUAUCGAGCACGAGACCGAAGAUACUGUUCAGGUGACUUGCAGCGUGUCAGAUACCGGUAUCGGUAUCACCGAAGAACAAAAGAAGAAGCUGUUCCAGCCGUUCAGUCAGGCAGACAGCAGCACAGCACGCAGCUAUGGCGGCACUGGCCUCGGUCUUUCCAUCUGCAAAGCCAUCAUCGAGAAAGUCUUGCACGGCAGAAUCUGGCUCGAGAGUGAGAUUGGCGUUGGAACAACUGUUGCCUUCUCUCUUNNCCCCUUCCAGAAGAUCAGACCUGGUGCUGAAAACGGAGCAGCUCAACUCGCCGAUUCCAUGGCAGCCAUGUACAAGCCUAGCGAAGACGAGAUGAAGAAGUCGUCAUACAUCAGUCUUGCUCACAUCCCUCGUGACAAGCUCAGGAUUUGCAUUGCUGAAGACAACCCCAUCAACCAGAAGAUCGCCAUCAACUUUGUCAAGAAGCUUGGGUUCAAGUGCGAGGCAUACGGCGAUGGCCAACAAGCAGUCGAUGCCCUCGCAGCAGCAAGCAAAGCAGGCUCUCCCUUCCACCUCGUCCUCAUGGAUGUGCAGAUGCCCGUGCUCGACGGCUACAACGCCACCAGAGCAAUCAGAGCACACCCGGACCCCAUCGUGCGCGAAGUCUUGGUGAUUGCCAUGACGGCAUCUGCCAUCCGCGGCGACAAGGAAAAAUGCCUUGAAGCAGGCAUGAACAAUUACCUCGCCAAGCCCGUGCGAGCACAUGUUCUAAAGCAAAUGCUUGAGGGAUACUUGAAUCAAGCGCCAAAAACAAUGACCAAUUUGCAACAGCAAGCUAACCAGCUUUCGCAAGAUGUGCUUAAUGAGGCGUCGAUGUAUACUCCUGCUGGCGGGCAGGUUCCUCGGGACAGCCAGGUUGAUGGCGAACAGAUUGAUGGUCAACAGACUGAUGGUCAGGAAACGCCAACCCCAGCUACUGUCAACUCCAAGCCGACCACCUUGCCAACGAGGCCUAGAUGA